AUCCGAAAACAAGCUCUCAUCAGUUCACAAGGGUGCAUUUAAAGGAGCGCGGAUCUUAGAGAUACUGGAUUUAUCCAACAACAAGCUCUCAUCAAUACAUGAAGGUGCAUUUAUCGGAGUGCCGAACCUACAGAGACUGUUUUUAUCUGGCAACGUAAUCGGCUCCAUUACCGGCGAUGUAUUUUCAGGACUGACGAACCUAAAAAGAUUGUUUUUAUCCAAAAACACUCUCUCAUCAAUACACGAAGAUGCGUUUAAAGGAAUGCCGAGCCUAGAGGGACUGGACUUACAUUUGAACACGCUCUCAUCCAUACAAGACGGUGCAUUUAACGGGUUGCCGAACCUUCAGUGGCUGAUAUUAGCCGGCAACGAGCUCUCAUCCAUACCUAGCGGAGAAUUUAGACGAUUGCCGAACCUAACUAAACUGUUUAUAUCACACAACUCCAUCUCAUCCAUACAGACUGGUGCAUUUGAAGACUUGCUUAACCUAGAUCAUCUGGAUCUUAGUGCCAACGGGGUAAGCAACAUUUCUCGGGCGGCGUUCAGUGGCUUGAGUCGACUGCGAUUGCUGGCUCUAAAUGACAACGACCUCAACAUCAUAGAAGAUGAUACUUUUCAAGGAGUGCCGAACCUUGAGGAACUGGAAUUGAAAUCCAGCAAGAUAAACAACAUUUCUCCGGCGGCGUUCAGGGGCUUGACGCAACUACGUGAUCUGAACCUGUUUAAGAACCGGUUAGUUAACAUUUCUGCGGAGUCAUUCAGGGGCUUGACGAAACUAAGCAAGCUAAUACUGGCUACAAACCGGAUAAGCAACAUUUCUCGGACGGCGUUCAGAGACCUGACGAAUAUAAGCUCAUUGUAUCUAACAGCCAACAUGCUCGAAUCCAUAGACGACGGUUUAUUUGACGGAAUGCCGGGCAUGAACUCUCUGUUCCUGCCUGGAAACCAGUUACGCAACAUGUCUCGGGAGUGGUUUAAGGGCUUGACUCAACUACGAAAAUUGAGUUUAAUGUGGAACCAUCUCGAAACCAUAGACGACGGUGUAUUUGAAGAAGUGCCUAACUUAGUCGAAUUGGACCUGACAAUCAACCUGAUUCGCAACAUUAAUCGGGACGCGUUCAGGGGCUUGACGAAACUAACCACACUAAAUUUAGGAAACAACAAAAUUCAACAGAUUGAUGCCAAUGCAUUUACACACCUCAAUCACUUAAAUCACUUGAAUCUCAACGAGAAUCUCAUUACGCAGUUUCCGACAACAUCGAGAGAAACGCAAAAUUUGACCAUUGAUCUAGGUAACAACCCGCUAAUCUGCGACUGCCAGCUGAUUGAGAUAGUACAAGGCGGCCCGCCCAAGCUUACAUUAGGCGUGUGUAAUGAGCCCGUGAAACUGAAGGGGCGUAGCAUAUCAAGCGUCAUUCGAGCUGAUCUCAACUGCAGAACACAAAUAUACGAGGCGUCAACAUCUCAAGCGCCGGCAUCACAAUCGACUGCCUCAUCGACUACGGAAUCGUCGACAUUUGUGUACAUCGGCAUUGGGCUCGGUGUCGUUGUGUUGGCUGUCAUCACUGUAGCAGUUUUUAUCAUCAUAAAACAGAAGUAA